CUGUCUCUGGAGUGGUUGCGGGAUGCUCCCGAUGAGGUAGCCCGCAAUUACCUGAUGAACAUCAACGGGCUGGGCCGCAAGAGCGUGGGCUGCAUCAUGCUGCUGUGCCUGGGCAAGAAGGAGUUUCCCGUGGACACAAACGUGGGACGCAUCUGCGCACGGUGGGUG